AUGGGAAAGAGUGCUACUAUUGAUGUUUAUUUUAAGAGAAAGAAUAGUGAGUCUUUGCCCUCAUCUACUCCCAAUGUUGCAUUGUCAAAUAGUGAAACUCCUUCUUCAAAGCUUCCUAGAAUUGAAAAUAAAGAGUAUUCUCCAAGUAAAGAUGCUGCAUUUUGUUUGCCUUGUUAUUUAUUUAGUAAACCAGGUGGUAGUGGUCGUGUUGGACUUAAUACAUUUGUUGUUGAGGGAUUUAGAAAUUGGAAAAAGGUUAAUGAAGGAGAAAAUUGUGCUUUUCUACGCCAUGUUGGGAAAAAUGCUAUGUCAAUGCAUAAAAAUGUUGUGAGUUCAAGUUGUGAUCUUAUGAACCAAUCUCAACAUAUUGAGAUAUUGGUUGAAAAACUUACUACUCAGGAGAUUGCAACUAAUCGUUUGAGACUACAAGUUUAUGUGGACGUGACAAGAUGGCUUGCUCUUCAAGGAUGUGCUUUUAGAGGUCACGAUGAAAGCUUAGAUUCAAUUAAUCGGGGUAAUUUUCUUCAGAUGAUAAAGUUUUUAGCUUCCUAUAAUCAAGAAGUUGCAGCAGUUGUUUUAGAAAAAGUGCCUCAAAAUGCAUCAUAUAGUUCCCCUCAAAUUCAAAAGGAAAUUCUUCAUGUUUUCUCUGAAAAGGUAAAGAAAACAAUACGAGAAGAAAUUUCCAAUGCCAUGUUUUGUCUUAUUGUUGAUGAAGCUAGUGAUGUAUCUAAAAAGGAGCAUAUGGCUAUUGUUUUGAGAUUCGUAGAUAAAGAUGAUUUUAUACCGGAAAGAUUUUUCAGUCUUGUACAUGUGGAAGAUACAAGUGCUAAGACUUUGAAACAAGGAAUACUCAACACUCUUUGUCACCAUAAUCUUGACGUUCAAAAUAUUCGAGGACAAGGCUAUGAUGGAGCUAGCAAUAUGCGAGGUGAAUGGAAUGGACUGCAGGCUUUAAUUUGCGCUGAGUGUCCAUAUGAUUAUUAUGUCCAUUGCUUAGCUCAUCGGCUUCAACUUGCCUUGGUUGCUGCAUCUCAUGAGCGUAAUGAUGAGUUAAAGGCUGCCCAAAAAAUUGAAAUUGCAAGAAUGAUUGCUAUUGAUGAACUCGAAUCAGGAGUUGGUCUUAAUCAGAUUGGUACUUUGCAUCGAGCUGGAGCUACUCGUUGGAGUUCUCGUUAUAAUUCCAUAUGCAGUUUGUUUAAAAUGUUUAAAAGCACAUGUGAAGUUCUUGACAAUAUUUCUAAUGAAGGAAAAACAGCAUCACAUCGUGGAGAUGCCGAUAAUGCAUACUCAUCGUUGACAUCUUUUGAUUUUGUCAUCGUAUUGCAUCUUAUGAAGGAAAUUAUGGGUAUUACUGAAGUCCUUUGUCAAGCUUUGCAACGAGAGUCUCAAGAUAUUUCAAAUGCUUUACAUCUGGUUUCAACUACAAAAGAGUUACUUCAGAAAUUAAGAGAGACAGGUUGGGAUGCUUUUUUGAUUCAUGUUCAAGAUUUUUGCAUAAAACAUGACAUUGACAUUCCAGAUAUGAGUGCAAAAUAUAUUGGAAGAAGGGGUCGUGCUCGAAAUGAACAAGGUGAUUUUUCUACUGAAAAGUUUUAUAGAGUAAAUAUCUUUUGUGCUACAAUUGAUUACCAAUUGCAAGAAUUAAAUAGCAGGUUCAAUGAUAAUACUGUUGAAUUACUUGCUUUGAGCAUGGCUUUAGAUCCAUGA